AUGUCCUGCACCGUCCUUUCUCAGCCAAAGCCGCUCGCCACGGGCCCUAUUGUUGUCGCUUGCAACGCUCCGGUGAAGGCCCCGGUGCCCAUCCCUAUUCCGGCCAGCAUCCCGGCCAGCAUCACGGCCCACACGCCGGAACCUGAGCCGCCGCUGAUGUCCGCCGUGACCGCACAAUGUACGGAACGCCUGACUGUCCCCGUUCGGCCGGCCUUCAACUGGCGCAACGCCGCCGAUCGCCUGCGUGAAGGACUGCACAGGCCGCUGCCGUUUGAGAGCGACAAGGUGCCGCGGUACCGGCAGUCGGUCUUUCACGAGAUGGGGCUGGGCAGGGGCGGCGAAAAAGGGUUCGACAUGAACGACUUUGACAUGGACGACAUGGACGACAUGGACGAGAUACUGCCGCGAGCACGACGACCGCGGCCCGCGUCGCUCUUUUUGACCAACCUGCAUGCGUUGCGGCUCGGGCUGGACGACGACAACCAGCCGGCGAUGACCAGUCCCGUCGCAUCGGCCCGGAAGCGCAUGUCGUGGUCGCCCGCAUCAUCCACAUCCGCGUCGCCAUCCACGUCCACGUCGACCUCGCCAGGCCUGUCCGACCGCAAGCGGCCGUGGUAUGCCAAGCUGGGCGGCAGCGGCAGCGGCGGCUUGCGACUUGCGCCGAAGCGUUCGAUCUUGUUCUUGUCUGUGAGGGAGGAUAAGUGA